GCACAAAUAGAGAAUGAGAGGGAUCCUGUGUCUUCUCCUUGUGGCCCUGGCCACCGCUAAGGUGUUUGAUCGAUGUGACUGGGCCAGGGUGCUGAAGAAUAAUGGGAUGGAUGGAUACGUCGGCAAAGGCCUGGCCACCUGGGUGUGCCUCGCUAAGUGGUUGUCGAACUAUAACACCUCGGCAAUCACCCACCACAGCGACGGCUCCACAGACUACGGCAUUUUUCAGUUUAACAGCCGCUACUGGUGUAAGGAACACAUAACACGAAGGAGCUUAAACUUCUGUCACAUCCAAUGUAGUGAGCUCCUGACAGAUGAUGUCAGCGUUGCCAUACGCUGUGUAAAGCGUGCGUUUAGAUAUUCCCACGACCAGUCCGGAUGGAAGGCUUGGCAUCCUCAUUGUUGGAAUCAGGGCCUGAGCUCCUAUCUUGCCGGAUGUUCACUUUAACUCUCUGGAACCUGAACUCAAUAAAACUAUUGUGUCAUAUCUUUGCUCAGUGUCAC